UCAUAUUCGUUUGGAGUUUUAAAUUAGCUUUCGUCACUUAUUUCUCUUCUUUUUUUUCUUGACUAUUGAGGAAAGGAUGAAAGAGUUUGCUUUCGAUGUUAUCGACGAUAAGAAGCGGAAACGAGUGAAGGAAAAAUUUAAGGCAAAUUGACUUCCUGAUGGAGGACGAAGGCGCAAAAGUCUUGUUAAACGAAGCGUCGUGAUAUUUAUGUAUAGGCGUUACGCCUAUCGAAACUCAUCGGCAUUCAUCAUUAGACUUUUGGCUACGCAACUACUUUAGAAGAUUCUUAUCGUUGGCGUGUUUGUCAGUCAUUGAUUUCAAGGAAAAAGCUUCUUAACUUUAGCUUAUCGACGAGAGAAAUCUUUUUAUGAUUAUUUGUGUUAUUUAAUAAAUUCCUUUUUCUCGCAUUACUAAUUAUUUGCCUUUACAGCUUAGAUAGAUCCCCACAACUCAACUCAUCAAUAACAUCGUCGAUAAAAAGUGUAAAAUGAAAUUGAUGACAACGGAGAGUGUCGAGGAAAAUGUUAAAGAAUUUUUAUCCGAGAAAAGUGAAAAUGUUUUGUAUGAAGAGACCAAAAAACCUCGUCAUUCUCAAGGCGGUGGUGUUUGUGUUUGUUAUGAGUUUGUACUUUAUUGUACUAAUCAAAGAGUCGAUGAAUGUGAUCGAAAGUAAUGCGAAAUUAAAGACUGUGACAGCAUCAAAAGUAGAUAAUUCGAAACAAAAGCAUCAUUUUCAUCAACGUAGUGUUACGAAACAUAAGCCAUCGAAGAAUCAUCACAAUGCGACUUUGAAGCCACCUGAGUCGUAUCUAAUUCCGAAUCCGAAAUUUCAUAAACAAGCUAAGACGACAAAACCGACGACGACGACGACGACGACAGAAAAGUCUUCCUUUAAUCAAUCGGCUACCAUUGUAGUAGACUUAGAUGCACAUCGAUCGACAACAUUAAAUCCAGUUUAUGAAUAUUCCGAAGAAAUAAAUGCAAAAGCGGAAAAGGAUUUCAUUGAGCGACGACAACAUUUACAUGAUGUCUGUGAGAAAAAUAAAAUUCUUGGUAAAAUUACACCAAAUGCGUGGGAGUUCUUCAUCUCACCAGGUCAUGGACUUGCAUGGUGUAAUGUGUUUAAAGCUGCGAGUACAACAUGGAUGUAUUAUUUUAAUUUAUUAGCUGGUUACGAUCCAAAAUAUCUUCAAAAAACAAUCACAACGCCUUUAGAACUCGCUAGAAAAAGAUUUCCACGGCCAAAUAUUGACGAUUUAAAUGAAGCUGUCGAAAAUUCCAUCACGUUCUUAGUUGUUCGUGAGCCUUUUGAACGUCUCUUGUCGGCAUAUCGUAAUAAAAUGGAAGAUGGGAAAAACCCUUAUUACAAGCUUUUGGGUGAUCAAAUUGUAAAGAAAUUCCGAACAAUGCCAAUAACCAAGAUCGAAAUUCCCGGUCCAACAUUUAACGAGUUUCUUCAGUUCGUUGUUCAGCACUACAAGUCUGGUGGACGUUUCGACGAACAUUGGAGCCCCAUUUAUCAGUUCUGCACACCAUGCAGCAUCAACUUUACACUAAUUGCCAAAAUGGAAACAUUCCAACGAGAUACCGAAUACAUAAUUCGCCAAGCCGGUCUCGAGACGUUGCUGUUGAACAAAGUGCCCAAAACCAAAGAAGAUAAAAUAACAAAUCGAUCAUCAAUCAAUAACACGAACACUGUGAUCGAAAAAUAUUUCUCGCAAAUCGAUGAAAACUUAUUGAAGCAAAUUCUUGAGAUUUAUCAAUUGGAUUUUGAUCUGUUUAAUUACGAUAGCACGAGAUAUCUCAAAAUGGUUCAGAAAAGUGAGAAUAAUGAUAGCAAAUUCAAGCUCUACAAUCGACUCGACUUUGGUGAUGAUGUGAACGAGUCUAAGGUUUUUAGUUAGACAAGCAAGGGUAGGAUGAAAACAAAAACAAAAAAGAUUAGCGAAAAUUGAUAUUUUUCUAAAAUAUUUCUAUUUAUACUAACUAACUUGUGAAAGAUGAUAAAGAGAAAUUGUGUAUUUAGAUAUUUAAAAGUUCUUUUUGAAAGAAUCUUCACCAAUGUUUAUGCAAGUCAUUCACACAUAACUGUUUAGAAAUUCUACUCAUUCAAAUUAAAUGUUUUUAUCAUGUUGUUUAAAUAUAUUUAUGUAUCUUUGAGAUAAAAAAAGAAAGUUCAAAACAUGAAUUUUUACAAUAGAACUUUAACAUAUAAACUGAAUAGGACGGAAAAAUAAAAAAACUUGUCGUUUUGUGGUCACAUUCAAUUGCACUCUUUCCAACAUAAAAGCAGCAAACACAUUGUCGACUAAAUGCAUGCAUGACAAAAAAAGGGAAAACAUUUAAUGUUGAAAAACUUUACAAAAUUUACCAACAUCAAAUGUCAUUUUUGAUCGGGAAUAAUUGAAAGUAAUAUAACAUGAAUUUCAAAUUCAAUAAACUUUAUGAAACUUUUAAUUGGCAUAAAUUCAAAAAUUAAUUCUUAUAACAAACAAUGCCAAAAAAAUGUUCUUGAAUGAUGACAAAAUUUAUAAAAUUAUUCACUGAUGACAGAAUUAAUAUGUUAAAAAGUUUAUAUAUGACAAAAAAUGCAACAUGGUCUUUCAAUUAUCAUUGGUAUUAAUGCUCACGUCAAUAUGUAAUCAACGAUUGAACAUAAAAAAUUAUAAAAACAAAUCGAGGUCUCCAUCGAAUUAAGAACCACAGAAAUGUAAAUCGUCGUUCAACAUGCUAUAAUCAUCAGUUUUUAAAAAACCGGAAAUGUUUACUUUAAAGAGCUUUCAUUAAUCAAAAAAAAUGUUAGAUAAUUUAACUAAUGAUAACUUUUCAUGUUUAAAAAAGAAAAAACUGAGUGUAUUAAUCGCACGUAAAUAAAUAUUUCCAUUCAAAGUUUUUAUGGAAAACCACGCACUUAUCUAGAUAUUUAAUGAAAGAAAAAUCAUUGUCGUUAGCUUAAAAGCUUAAAAUGCAUUAAAUUUUUUCACUCCAUUUAUAAACAUUUCGGAACAUUUCAUUUAAUGUAUUUAAAAUUUAAACGAGGGAAGAUGAAUUCACCCGAAAACUGUUAUGUCAACUAAUGUACCUUAACGAACAUAAAUCUUUCAGAAAGAAAAAAAAACUUUAAUGAUAACUUUUAGUUUUUCAAGAGAUUUGUCAAAGAAACAAGAAAAAUUAGAUAAAAGAAAAUUUAAAUAAUUUCUAAAACAGACGAAAUUUUCUUUUUUUUUAUUGUCUGAUGAAUGAAAUCGAAUUCGUUGUCAUGUUGAAGGAUAAAAAAGGAAAAUCUCAUCACGAGGACGAUUAAAAAUUUAUGUGCGUGACACAACAUGAAAUCAUUCAUUUCUCAUCAUAGACAAAAACUAUUUUGGAAACAUGAAAACAGACUGAAGAAAAAUAUAAAAAGUUCUUUUUGAAAAACUGAAUCGCGAUGUUGUUUUAUUUGUUCACAGAUUUUAGACUUUCGACGAUUAAUUUGGAGCCAGUCGGGUUUUUGUUCGCAUAUAUCGCAUAUGCAUAUUAAGGUCAUCGCAGUUUGUGAUUGCAUUUCCUGGCAGGGAUUGGAAUAAACUUUUCUUUCAAGUUUAGUGAUGUAAAGAAAUUCUCGACAUGUAUUCAAGCUCUGAAUCAUACUCGUCGAUGGUUUUUUAAGAGAAUUUUUUUUUGUAUGCCUCCCGUUUGUUAAAACGAA